AACGAGUGAAGCAAUUAUACAUAGUAUAUAUGGAAGUACAAAAAGACAAGGAAGUGAAGUGUAACAACUAAAGUGAUUUGUGUUCGAAAAUCUAAAAAAAAACACAAAAGUAUAAAAAAGAGAUAUUUUUACCAAAUUUUUAAAAGUUUUUUUUUUUUAAAUUUCAACUAUUUUUCAUUCUUUUCGCUUUGCGCAUACGAGUGCAAGUUGGUUUAAAGAAAUAUUUUCUAUUGCGAAUGAUGGACGAAAACUGCUUACAAAAAUGUGAAAGUCGAACUUUCGUUAAAAGUGUUUACCUAAAUUCGAAUCGAAAAAAAUCGAAAUUGUGGGUGCAACGACGUUGUUGCAUUUUUGUUGGUGUGAUUUUGUUCUUUUACGCAAAUUUUUUAUUAUUUGACGUUGACUGGCGGCAACAAGUGGAGAAAGUGCCUCUCAAACAAUACAACCAGCCAACUAGAAAGCUACUCAGUCUCGUGAGCACAAGCGCAAUUGAUUUAGAGAACUCGCUAGAAAACAUCAGUGUCAGAGAAACCCAUUACAGCAGCAGCCGAUCCGCAUCAAAGCAUCCCUUGGAGGAGAUAAGAGCUGCAGCGUCGUUAGCGGCAACACCAACAGCCACAACCAACACAAUCCACACAGUCGACGCUUCGCUGCGUUCGAAUGUCACUUCGCACACAUUGAAUUGUACACCAGCAGCAAUCUUGGAAUUCCCCUCUGAUGGUUUGACACGCACUCAGCGUCAACACGGUUGGAUCGUACUCCAUAUACUGCUAGCGCUCUAUUGCUUCUGGCUAUUGGCGGUAAUUUGUGAUGAUUACUUCUUGCCAGCCAUCGAGUUGAUAUGUCAAACUCUACAUAUGCAAGCCGAUGUAGUCGGCGCUACCUUCAUGGCUGUCGCCACUUCAAGUCCGGAACUCUUUAUGAAUGGCAUCGGUACAUUCGUGACGAAGGGUGACAUUGGUGUUAGCACUAUUGUGGGCUCAUCUGUAUUUAAUCUGCUUGCGGUACCAGCUUGUUGUGGUCUCUUUGUAGGUCAAAGUGCACGCCUGAAUUGGUGGCCUGUAAGCCGAGAUUGUCUAAUGUAUUGCCUGGCAGUGCUGGCGCUAAUCGCUACGCUCCGGGAUGGAAGGGUGAUGUGGUAUGAAUCAUUGUUACUCUUCGUGGCGUACUUUUUCUACAUGGCGGUGAUGUACAACAAUGACCGGGUGGCGCGUUCGGCGCGUCGUCUCGUCUCAAUGUAUCGCCGUAGGCUGCAUUUAAUAGGUCGCUAUUGGGAGGUUAACGAACUUACGCCGCUGAUUGGUCGAAAGCGAACUUGUGGCAGCAUUACCAACAGCAGAUUAGCAGCUUCUAUGCGUAGUAUAAACACAUGCGCUUCGAGUAACCACCUCACGCCGUUUUAUAUACCUGCCUGCUCCUCCACGCAACUGUAUCCAAGUUUGGAGGAUUUAGAGAGCUGUCGCGCAUCUAUGACACANAUAAACACAUGCGCUUCGACUUUGUCUCUCUCACGCUCACCUCUUUCUAUCUCUCUCCCUCUCCCCUACGCAGAUACCUCCACAGACUUUGCUGACACACCGUGGCAACGCAAAGAUGCUUCGUGGCCGCAUUUUCUCUUGCGUUGGCCCAUUACAUUUUUGUUGUACGCAACUGUGCCGGAUAGUCGUAAACACGCGCGAGCGAAAUAUUUUACUUUCGUAGCGUCGAUUGUGUGGAUUGCUGUGAUUUCUUAUGUCGUGGCUUAUACGAUAACGGUGAUCGGUGACACACUCAGCAUACCCGAUUCUGUCAUGGGGCUCACCAUUCUCUCUGCCGGCAUGAGCGUACCAGAGGCGGUUUCCAGCAUCAUUGUCACCAAGCAGGGGCAUGGCGCUAUGGGCAUCAGUAAUGCCAUCGGCUCAAAUACCUUCGAUAUUUUGCUCUGCCUCAGCGUACCUUGGUUCAUCAAAGCAUACUUUCUACCUAAUCAACCAGAUGAAAUGUGGGUUUCACCAAACUCAAAUGGGCUUACCUACUCCGUGACAUUUCUCCUCGCAUCUGUUAUCUGCCUAUUUGUAACGCUACUGGGAAACCGUUUCCGACUGGAUCGCACAGUUGGUUGGAUCUGUGCCAUUUUGUAUUUGUGCUUCAUCAUUUGGGCAGCGCUGAUCGAACUCAAUGUAUUCUUUCCAAUCAAUUUACCUGUGUGUGAACAUUAACGACGAAAGAAGGUCGAACGGCAGGCAGUUCGUGAGAAGUUCAAUUGCUUAUCGAUUUGCAAUGGAAGUUAACCACCAAAAUAUAAUACGUUUCGCGAAUUUUUUAGUUGCAUUGAACAA